GGAACAUUUCUCACCAUCACCGGCUUUGCGCAGGAACAACAAUAAGACUGUUUUCAAGCUUUUCUUUUCUCUUUGAAAGAGGUAGUUUUAUAAAGUUUAAAGACGUUGGAUAUUUAUAUAUACAAGUUAUUUUCUGUUUAUUAAGCCAAAAUUGCUUCUUUCGUGCCUCUUCAACAAAGAGUACUCGGAGAGAUCAUUCAUCCCAAAGCUAAACGUCUUUUGUGUAUUUCGGAAUGUUUUAAUUUUUGUGAUUUUAAACGCAUAAUUUAUCAUAGUAUUUAUUAUACUAUAUAACACAUUUUGACAGUAGAUUCGUUCCGCAGUCAACCACAGGCGGCUUCGCGUAUUAAAAGUGUUUCUUAAGCUCCAGUUUUGCGUGGUUUCGUUCAUUUUGCGUGAAAAAUGAUCCGGAUACCAAGAGGGAUUUCUCCUGCUUCUGGAAGAGGCGCAGUCUCAGGACUCUCAGGUUCACAGAAGAAAACGCUGCCCGCAAUGAGGACGGAUUUCUUCAACACGGGACUCGCAAGCCCACCGAUGAAUUCGGUACCGACUGGAUACUUCACUCAAAUCGGGAACACGACAGCUGCGGAGCAGAGACCCAACUGCCUGUAUGCGACCCCCCACGGGCCUGAACCUAAGCCGGUGCGGACAUCCUCUGGUCGGCUACCGGCCAAACGGAGACUAGAUCUGGAAGAGCCGCUUUAUCUCCCAGAAUUCCGUACACCAAAAGGGAAAGGACACUCGGCAUCUGCGAGAGUACAGAGCCCCAAAACCCCCAAGUCUCCAGGCGAGCGCACUCGUUACGACACGUCGCUCGGGCUGCUUACUAAGAAGUUUGUGGGAUUAUUGAGUGAAGCGGCAGACGGGGUUCUGGAUUUGAACUGGGCCACAGAGGUUCUGGAGGUUCAGAAGAGACGCAUCUACGAUAUUACAAACGUUCUGGAGGGGGUGCAGCUCAUUCGCAAGAAAUCCAAAAACAACAUCCAGUGGCUGGUCAGUGGUGUGUUCGAAGGCUCAACCAGCAAUUCAGAGAAGACCAGCGCUCUCAGGAAAGAGCUGUAUGAACUAGACAGGCAGGAGAAACUUCUGGAAGACCUCGUUCAGUCCAGCUCGGCACAGCUACGAGAACUGACAGAGAACAAAGACAACCAAAGAUUAGGAUAUGUGACCUACCAGGACAUUCGUACUAUAGCCAGCUUGAAAGAGCAAACCGUGAUCGCUGUGAAAGCACCAUCUGAGACCAAACUGGAAGUGCCGGAAGCAUCUGAGGGUUCGCUGCAGAUCUACUUGAAGAGCAAAAAUGGCCCGAUCGAGGUGUACCUGUGUCCGGAGGAAUGUUUAGAGGACAGUAGUCCCAUCAAAAAUGCCACACCCAGAAAAGAUUACCCACAACCCUCCAGCACCACCACACCCUCUCUCCUACCACCUGUUAAACCCCAUCCAGUAGAGGGUUUGGUGUCAAAAACUCAGCCCUCAUUGACAAACACCAGUGGUAACGCGUCCCUUCUCGAUGUGGAAGGGAUUCUGGAUCUGCCUCCAAGCCUUCUGCAGAUCACAGAAGACCAGCUGCCUUGUACGGCCUUCACAUCCGACCCCUCUGGCCCUUUUGUUAGUUUUUCCCCUCAGCUCACUCAUGAGGACUACCUCUGGGGUCUGGAGGAUGGAGAAGGUGUAUCUGACUUCUUUGACACAUACGAUCUCGGAGAUCUGCUCAAAACAUAAAUCAUCAAUGCUUGAAGUCCUGGUCCUGUUUUACUAAACAUUAACUAAUAGGAUGAAAAAAUCAAUUGUAAUUGGUUUUAUGUGGACACAGAUUCCUUUUGCAACACAUUAUGACACAGAUUGAAGGCUUAAGGAUAAAGUGCACUUCCAAAUUGGCUUAACUGGUUCUGUUCUGGAUGAUAAAAUGGGCCUCAAAUUUUUUUUUUAUAUAUAGCUUAUCACCGCCCCCUAGAGGUGAUUGGGUUUAUUUACACUAUGAAGCCAUUUCUUUAUUCCAUCAGCCAUAAAAUUACAAGGUAUUUUUGAUUGCAUAGUUUAGCUAUAGAUAUUUUUGACAACAUAAAACGUAUUUGUCAUGUAAUUUUUGUCAAGUGUUUGCCUAUGGGCAAUAUUGUUGGUCUUUAUAACUUCAAUUAAUGACCAAAAUGUCAGACAUUAGUAACUGCCUUGUAUCUAGGUAUGAGCUAGAACAUACAGUUGUAUCUUAUUUUUAGUAAUUAUUGAAUGAGAUGAAACUCAGGUAAUUUGUGAAGCUUUUUGUAGAGCUUUCAUAAUUGUGUUACUGUCAAACAUUGCCAGUAGAUGGCUGUGUGACCAUUUGAAGUUGCACAAAGGUGCUUUUAAAGAAAUGUGCAGUUGAGACAUGAAACAUCUAUAACAUGUACAUAAAGUAAUAAUUUAUACCUUUGCUUCAUAACCAUAACAAAUUCAGAACUACACUUCUAAAAAGCAGUCAUUCAGAAUUAGUCUGUUCUGGAUAAAAUCAACGUUCAGAUUUUAAGAAAUGGUGCUACUUUGUUCGUUCUACCUCCAUCUUUUGGUUUAAACCAGUGAGGUAGUGAUCUUUCCUGUGGCACUAAACAAUGAUUAUGUAGUGCCAUAAAAAGCUGGGAAAAGCUAGCUUUUCAUCAUUGACAUUGUCUGUUCACCAGCAGCCUCAGGGAAUGUUCAGAUCUGGCAGCUAAAUUUAACAUUUCCAUAUGCAUUAGUCAAACUGAUGGAAUCAUGUUUUCUGAGGUCUUAAGUUUUUCUUGUGAAAUAGUAAUGGUAGCUCAGGGUUCACUGCUUCACCUCUUGGAGCAGUUUUGGGAUGUUUAAUGGGAUCUGACAGAAACCUUUAAUACUGUUUGAACACUGAACUGCUGGGUAUACAACGUGAACUUUGUUUCUAGUGUUUUCUAUUGGAGUUGGGAUUCUUGCCCCACUUGUAUGGUAGGUUUUAUGGCGGCCUAGACAAAGCAGAAUUUAACUGUUUACAUCUGGUGUGCGUAAAAAUGUAGUUAUAAACUACAGACUUUGAAAACACCCAUCUUUUAUGCAGUUUAGUAGGGAGUGUGGCUUGAACUAAGUUGAUGUUUAAAACUACACUCCCACAUCCAGCUGUAGUGUGUGUGUUCUCGAACGACAAAACAUGUAUACAUGUAUACCUGUAUAAUAUACAGUAUACCAGCAUUCUUGAACUUUGAUCUGAAGACUUUCUAACAUCUAGUUAAACCUACUGUUUCUUCUGUUCCCUGGAGUUGUGGUAACAUGGAUUCAGCAUUUGUUUAAGGUUGCCUAUUACAUACAGUUCAUCUGAUCAAAUAUCAAAAUCAGAUUUGAUAUUUGUCUCGUUCACUUGUAGAUGCCUUCUGAGGUGUGUACAAAACUCAUCUGGGAUUAAUUUCAUGCAACUGUCCCAUAUGCGGACAUAUGUCCUGUCCUAACAAACUUGAAAAAUGUGUGUAUGUACAGUAUAUGCAUGAGUGUGCUGAGGCAUGUUUAGAGUUAACAGUUUUGUGAAUUUGAUUGUAGUGUUUAGUGAUUGUCUGGGAUUGUUUCAAUUUCUAAAUAAGCAUUAUGUUAUUAAAAUUGUACAGAAUGGUUUUGUAUUUAUAGGUUUUGUAAUUGAAGGAAUUUGGUAAUUGUCUCAGGAUGUAUCAUUUUUCAAAGACCGUCUGUUUAACAGGCAGCACUUAACAUUUGAUAUUGUGGUGUUUCAAUAAAUAAA